AUGGAUCAUUUCAGAGAUCUAUCAGAAGAUGAAGUGGACCAUUCUUUCUUUGACAGUGACUUUGAAGAAUCAAAGAAAAGUGAAAGUAAUUCAGUUUUUGACAAGCAAAAUGAUUGCCCUAAAGAGAAAAUAGACAAAGAUACAGUAAAUGUAAAUUCGAAAUGUGGAAUGCAGAGAAAAGAAAAUGAUCUUGCUGAGAAAGGAAAUGAAAGGAAAGAGAAAAUUCCUUCAGAAGAACACCCUAUAGAAAAUGAUAAUACACAAACCAGAAAUUCUUUAUCAUUGACCACUUCUUCAAGAUCAGAAAAAUUGUGUGAUGCUACAACAGGACAUAAAAUACACUUGACCAUUCCAAAUAGAAUUCCCAAAAUGGUAAAAGAAGGUGAAAAUGAUUAUUAUACAGAUGAAGAGGAAAGCAGUGAUGAUGGGAAAAAACAUUAUGUCAGGUCCAAGUCAGCUAAACCAUCUACUAACAUCAAAAAAGGCAUAAGUAAAAAGUAUUCCAGAAGUAGUUCCUCUUCCUCUUUGUCCUCCUCAUCUUCAAGUUCAGGUGCAGAUUGUUCAGCUGCAGAGUCUGAUAAUUGUACACCUGAUUCAUCUCCAUCAUUAAAGAAACAUCUCUCUGGUGUAACCCACUUGUCACCAAAACAGAAAUAUAAACCAGGAAUAAAAUCAGCAGGAACACAGCCUACAAGUACUAAAUCCAAAGUCGGUGACUUCACUGAGGAAUCUGAAGAUACUGUGACAGAUGUCACUCCUUUGUCGACCCCAGACAUCAGCCCGGUUCAGUCUUUUGAACUGAGGACAUCAAGCAAUAAAAAAGUAAAAGUUAAAAGGCAAGAAAAUGUGAGUCAAGAAGUGUAUAAAAAUGUUGAGGAUUUAAAAAAUAAUUUGAAAUCAGCCAAAAAAGGGAAAGACAAACAUGGAGUAGAUCUCACCUCGAAGUCUUCAGUGUUAGAUUCCAAUUUAGACCGCAGACAUAAACAAAAAGCCAUACAUGACACAAUGGACCUGAAUCAUCUCUUGAAAGCUUUUCUGGAACUGGAUAAAAAGCGACCAGAGAAACAUCACUUAGAUCAGCCUUCAGCAGCACCUAGGAGGAACUACUCUUUCACAAGAGAGGAGGUGAGACAGAUUGAUCGGGAAAAUCAGAGGCUUUUGAAAGAACUGUCAAGGCAGGCUGAAAAACCAGGAAACAAAAAUAUGAUGCCUAGAAGAUUUAAUCAUCCCCCUAAGUUAUAUCACAGUGCUGUCAACAGACAGAAAGAACAACAAAGGAUUGAAAGAGAAAAUUUGGCUUUCUUGAAGAGACUUGAAGCCGUGAAACCAACAGUUGGCAUGAAACGCUCAGAUCAGCUAAUGGACUAUCAUCGCAACAUGGGUUAUCUCAACUCAUCACCAUCCUUAAGACGAGCAAAAUCGACUCUCAGCCAGUAUAGCUCAUUAAGAGGCGCUUCCAGGACAUCUAGUGCUACGAGUGCUCUCAGCUGUAAGAGUGAGGGAGCAGUUUUUGACAAAGCCAGUGGCCUGUUGCUAAGACCUAAGCCCCCUAAUGUUCGUACAGCUUGGUUAUAA